AUGACGACGGUCUUCCAAGUUACCGUUCACGUACAUCCUCGGGAUGUUGCCAGAUUUCUUGAAGCUUCGGAGCCGACUAUUGAGAAGAUGAAGAGGGAGUCCGAGCUUAUGUACUUUGAGAUGUACCAAAUUCACGAUUCUCCGGGCACGAUCACGUGGAUUGAGAAAUGGUAUGCCAAAUGA